AUGUCUUGCAGAAGCUUGAAUCUGCUAAUAAACCCUUUCUCUCGUCGGAGCACAUGCAUGAUAACCCCUGUCUUCUCCUAUAAGGCACAAUGCCCUAAAGUCGCGCCUCCAUCGAUUCGAUCCGAUGGCCAGAGCCGGAGACAUCUAUUGUUUCUUAUGACGUCAACAAUGGCAAUUACGGCAAUGGAGAUACCGUCGAUGGCAGAGGACACAGGGCUAUUUCGGAUUGGGGAAGAAGCUAAAGAAGGCAGAGGAAGAAGCGCUGGAGAUCGCGAAGGAAGGAAUUGA